CAAUUUUAGCGCAUUGUUUUCGCAUCGCUACGACACUUGAACGUGAUGUGUGAAGCGGUACCUCGAACUUGGCACAUGAAACCGGAACUUCAUUGCAAUCCCGUGGGAGUUCCGGCGGGCGCUCUGUCACCCCCGGCUACCCUCUCGCCACCCGGCAGCCCCAGCAUAAUCACGCUGCCAUCUUCGCCUUGGAGCCCAGGUGUACCGGGGAGCAGUUCGAACACCAUCGCCUCCACCAAUGCACCCUCGGGCCUUUGUCAACCCGUCCCCGAUCGCUUCAGCGCCUUCACCCUCGUUUCGAAUUACAAUCCCGAUCUGAGACUGCAAAGUCUACCACUCAGCGCUAGUAUUGCGCGAGACAUGCGUUGCGGUCUCAUGUACAGUGGCUAUGGGGCAUCUGGGGGUGCCUGGUGGGCCCGUCACAUGGGCCUGCUGCUGCCACAUUCUUUGCUCCCGCCUACGAGAAUCCCAUCCCAACAGACGACACCGGUUACGAAUUGCUCGCCCAUUCAUUCGGAACCUCUCAGUCCGGCACGUCCCGGAUCGCCGCGAAGAUGCACGCCAGAGAAGGCCAAGUUCGAAGAAGAGGUGCCGUUAAAUCUCAGUACGAAACCGAGCGACGUCUCGUCGAAUAUCGGCAGCAGGAAAAGUGAAAUCUGGUCGCCGGGUUCGGUGUGCGAGAGGGAGGCCAGGGAAACGAGAGCACCGUCCUCCAGGAGUCCAUCCUCGACCCCUAUAAUUACGCGGCAAAUUCAUCAUUCGCCGCUUACACCGCCCUCUUCGACGGAAAGGACUUUUCAAUGUAAGCAGUGCGGUAAAGCUUUCAAACGAUCAAGCACGCUCAGCACUCACUUGCUGAUCCACUCCGACACGAGGCCUUAUCCCUGUCAAUAUUGUGGCAAGAGGUUUCACCAGAAGUCCGACAUGAAGAAGCAUACCUACAUCCACACCGGCGAGAAGCCGCACAAGUGCGUCGUGUGCGGCAAGGCGUUCUCCCAGAGCAGCAACCUGAUCACGCACAUGCGUAAGCACACCGGCUACAAGCCGUUUCAGUGCGGCCUCUGCGACAAGGCGUUCCAGAGGAAGGUCGAUCUGCGUAGGCACCGAGAAGGUCAGCACCCGGCGGCGCCGGCGCUCGAUUAUCGCUCGUUGCAGAUACCGCCGCAGCAGCAGCAGCAACAGCAGCAACAGCAGCAACAGCACUCGAACGGCAACCGGCACUCGCCGGUACCAUCGCACUCGACACCCUCCGCGGGUUACCACAUGAUAUCCGUGCCCGGCAGUAGCUGAGACUCGCCGUUCGCCUGACAGACGCUUCAUCCGUGAACGCACACCGGGCUCUCGAACCGGAUAACCGAGCGGUAUGUAUCGUUGGAUCGCGACAUCGCCGUGACCAGUUGGGGGAGGCAAUUGUGUGUGUGUGUGUGUGUGUGUGUGUGUGUGUGUGUG